AUGUCAAACCAUGACAGAAUAAGCGCGUUAUCAGACGACGUUUUGCGCCACAUUCUGUCCUUUAUGCCAACUCGAGAUGCCUUCACCACAAGUCUUCUUUCCAAGAGGUGGAGACCACUCUGGCUCACUGUUCCCACUCUCAACUUCCAUGAAAGAGAUUAUCUUGUUUCUCGCAAAAAACACUCCUUCUCCUUUGUUAAGUUUGUACACGCCAUAAUACUUAUACGAGGUCUCAACCCAUCCAUCAAAAGCUUCACACUCAACUGCUGCAGUUCUCCUGAUCUUUAUAAUUCUGAUUUAUAUAUACGGACAAGCCUUGAAGUUCUACGCAAAAUCGAGCACCUCGACCUUGAGAUACGCAUUAACCGGACCUUACCUUUCUGCUUUUUCGCCAUCAAAACCCUCGUUGUUCUCAGGUUGAAUGGGUUAACUGUGAAUAAUUCUGGUUCUGUUGACUUUCCCUCCCUCAAAACUAUGCAUUUGAACCGCAUUACGUUUAGAGAAGUUGGAGAUUUUUUGGAGAUUCUUUAUGGCUGUCCAGUGCUUGAGGAUUUACGGGCAUAUAAUCUUUUGUUUUUUAGCUAUAAGAUACCCUUUUCUGAAGAGCCUAGAAGCUUACCCAAAUUGGUCAGGGCAGAAAUUGAUAUGAUUCAUGAUACUGACAUUCCCCUGAAGUUGUUUUCUAAUGCUGAGUCUCUCUACAUACAGCAGUUCAGCGGAGACAUUCCUCUGUUUCCUCAUUUGACUCAAUUGAAGUUCAGCCCUCGAUACUAUGCUAAGUGGAAUGUGACAUUUGAAAUGCUCAAGUGUUGCCCCAAACUUCGAGAACUUGGGUUUCAUAAGUUUUCAUAUGGAGAUGUUCAUUGUGGGAACAAAUGGACCUGCAAGGGUUUUGGAGUGGUCAUUGGCGGAGCUCCUGGGAAAUCACACGUUUUUAAGAAGGCAAGAAAUCACACGUUUUUAAGAAGGCAAAAGAAGAGAUUGAGACUGUGGUUGGCAAAGACAAGCUCGUUAAAGAGUCAGAUUUACGUUAUCUCUAAGCAGUAG